UCUCACUCCCGGCUUUCCUCCCUCCUCCACCCGUCCCUCGGGCAGGGACUGUGCAAAUCGAGGAGAAGGGGGGACGGACAUGCUACAUAAGGACCCGCUAAGGGGCCCGGACUCCUCACUGAGACCCUAUCCAAGCUAGGUAUUCCCAACGUCUUGGAACCUGGAUUUGUGUGAACUGGGGUGAUUCCCAGGCCAGGAAGGUCCUUCCGGCAGUUCCGGGGUACCUUUGUCUAGCAUCAGGACCCCCCCCCUUGGAUGCUCUGAGCCACCCUUCGCAACCCGGAUCUAAAACCUGGGACACAGCUAUCAGGCCAGCCUCUCUUCCCACCCCUCCCCCUCUUUCUGGCGUCCAUCCCCUCCCCAACACCACCUCUGCUGCUGCCUCUGGCUGUGGACCUGCACCUCUUCGCCAUCCUCGUCGGGCCUGGAGAGUAGGCUACUCGGGCACCCCAAGGCUGUGUGCUGCCCACCUGGUGUUCCCCAACAUCUCCAGCCCUGCCAAGUGCACCCUUCUGGCGCCUGCUUCCCCUGAUGGCAGCGAUUUAGACCAACCCGGCUGUAUCCACGGCAACAGAAGCAGGAGUAUCACUGACUACCAGAUAACUGAGGGUCCCACAAUGUGGCCUGGGCUGAGAUUUAUCCUGGGUGAGACAGCAUGAGCCCCCUUCCUGAAUUCCAAGACAGCCCUGCUGAGAGAACCCAGGUGUAGCCCAGCAGGACAACUGAUGGAGUCCUCCAGGGCCCAUCAAAUACUGGACUGGCUGACCCCCUAGGGUUGGGGGUAGCCCUUGCCCCUCAGUAUGGCCAACACCACUGGACAGCCCGAGGAGGUGAGCGGCGCACUGUCCCUGCCAUCAGCAUCGGCUUAUGUGAAGCUGGUGCUGCUGGGACUGAUCAUGUGUGUGAGCCUGGCAGGCAAUGCCAUCUUGUCCCUGCUGGUGCUCAAGGAGCGUGCCCUGCACAAGGCUCCUUACUACUUUCUGCUGGACCUGUGCCUAGCUGAUGGCAUACGUUCUGCUGUCUGCUUCCCCUUUGUACUGGCUUCUGUGCGCCAUGGCUCCUCGUGGACCUUCAGUGCACUCAGCUGUAAGAUUGUGGCCUUUAUGGCUGUGCUCUUUUGCUUCCAUGCGGCCUUCAUGCUGUUCUGCAUCAGCGUCACCCGCUACAUGGCCAUCGCCCACCACCGCUUCUAUGCCAAGCGCAUGACACUCUGGACAUGCGCAGCUGUCAUCUGCAUGGCCUGGACAUUGUCUGUGGCCAUGGCCUUCCCACCAGUUUUUGACGUGGGCACCUACAAGUUUAUCCGAGAGGAGGACCAGUGCAUCUUUGAGCAUCGCUACUUCAAAGCCAAUGACACACUGGGCUUCAUGCUUAUGUUGGCCGUGCUCAUGGCAGCCACACAUGCCGUCUAUGGCAAGCUGCUCCUCUUCGAGUAUCGUCACCGCAAGAUGAAGCCAGUGCAGAUGGUGCCAGCCAUCAGCCAAAACUGGACAUUCCAUGGUCCUGGGGCCACAGGCCAGGCUGCUGCCAACUGGAUCGCCGGCUUUGGCCGUGGGCCCAUGCCACCAACCCUGCUGGGUAUCCGGCAGAAUGGGCAUGCAGCCAGUAGGCGGCUGCUGGGCAUGGACGAGGUCAAGGGUGAAAAGCAGCUGGGCCGAAUGUUCUACGCAAUUACACUGCUCUUCCUGCUCCUCUGGUCACCCUACAUCGUAGCCUGCUACUGGCGAGUGUUUGUGAAAGCCUGCGCUGUGCCCCACCGCUACCUGGCCACUGCUGUUUGGAUGAGCUUCGCCCAGGCUGCCGUCAACCCGAUCGUCUGCUUCCUGCUUAACAAGGACCUCAAGAAGUGCCUGAGGACUCAUGCCCCCUGCUGGGGCACAGGGGAUGCCCCAGCUCCCAGAGAACCCUACUGUGUCAUGUGAAGCAAGCCAGUAGGUGACAGGCAGGGAAAAAGUUAUGGCCACCAUGGUGGGGCCAACAGCAAGGGAAGGGCAGGGCCUCAGACAGAAGCCUUCUUUUCUGAGCUUCAGCCCCAGACCCUCAAACCAUCCAUAAUUGAGGCAUUUUGCCAACACCUCCCUAGGGUGGGAAACUGGGUGAGGAACCGAGAAAGAGGCAUUUCUAGUUUUGUGGGACCUGUCUCCACAGCCUCCUUCUCCACUUCUACAAUCUCAUAUUCCCAUUCUCUCCCUGGUUCCCUUUCCCUCACCGCUCUCCCAUCUUUCUCAAGUGACCAUUCAGUAAAACAAAACAAAACUAAAAAUGCAGGGUUUUCUAUAAAUACUAAGAGCUGUGGAAACAGGCUUUCUUGCUUAAAUGUCUCUCCUUCUGACAUCGUCCAGAAGGGGGGAAAUGUGUCCUGUAAAAUAGAUUUCCAGAGAUCUUAUUGCUCUCUGUGCUCCCAUUCAUUCUUCCCUUCCAAGUCCUUUAGCAAGUCUUGGAUGUUUAGGAAAAAUUGAUCCACAGCUUCAGACAAGAGGGACCAAAUGGGCUGUUGGGUUCCUGGGGAGCAAGAAUGUUUAAAUUGCUAUAUUGUGUGUAGUGUUGCUUUUGGCUAACCUUGAUCCCAAGCCCAGUAUCCUAUCCAUCCCUGCCAUGUCCAGACCUCAGAAGUGCUUCUUGAAACUCUGUUUUAGAAGCCAAGAGCAUAGGGAGAAGGGCUUCAGGAUGGGCCAAGGCUAGGUGGGAUGAUGAGCUUCUCAACCAGCAGAGACCAAACUCAGCUAUGUUCUCUCAAGCAUCCUCCUGGAUCCCCAGCUCCUGAACUCUCCUUCCUAGGGAUAUACAUCCACUCCAGCCCUCGCUAGGGAUGAUAUGGUGUAUGCAGAAAGAGACAGCCCCCCAUAGAAGUAUAGGGAGGGAGUUGAACUCCCCAGAAUCCCUGGACCCUUGAGCCCAGGGUCAGAGCUAAAUUCAACCCCAGAAUUGCCUCUUAGGUUUACACUACUCUUCUGAAAAUAAAAAUUAAAAAAAAUUGGCCUGGGGGGUGGUAACUAAUAGCGAUACAAACUCCAAGGCACUGUGGACUUGUGUCCAUUCCUGCCUGACCUCCUUUUGUCCCUUUCAAGCCUCACAGACCUCUAGCCCCUUCUUAGCUGCUCUUGGUCUUCUGAGCCCCAAACAUCCUUCUUCCCAGGAGUUCUUCCUCUCCGCACCCUUACCUAUACCCAAAGUGGAGCAGACUGUAUCCAGGUUCUCCAGAUGGAAGAUCCCAAGCCUCCUUUUCAUGGAGAGAGUCCACUCUAGGCUUACUUCGAGACCAGUUCUAUGGACUGGUGAGCCAAGCUGUCACUCUUUACCUGAGCUUGCCUAGGCUCUCUGUCCCCCUCUUACUUCCUGCAGGGGCAGUUAUUGAUCUGUAUUUAUCCAUCCCUUUUCCUUUCUUAUAAGCUCCUGUCCUAAAAUCCCUCUCUACCCCAAGAUAACCCCUGAACAGAAGAAGCCUUGACUCAAAAGGAAUGAGGGGAGCACUCUAGGUAGGAGACUUAUCAAUGAGCCUGGCUGUGGAGUGGCCCUGGAAAGGCAGAUCAGAGUGACUGAAAGGCUGGGAGUGUGUGUAGGGAAUGUGGGGCCAUUUUCUCAGUGAUGGUGAUAGGGGUGCCUUUCUGAUGGGUGGGGUGGAAAGACCAAGGGGGUGGGGGCAAAUAUAGUAGACUCAGGAGGGUUUUCCUCCAUUUCUUUUUUCUAACUGCCUGGAUUCAUCAUUGGAUUUUGUAAAGGGAAAAACUGAAAUGAACAAUGUUAUAUUGGAUUUUUUUCCUCCCUCUCUCUCUCUCUCCUCUUCUCUCUCUCUCUCUCUCUCUCUCUCUCUCUCUCUCUCUCUCUCUCUCUCUCUCCCCUCUCCCUCUCCUGUGUGUCGUCUUUGUGCCCUAUCUGUAUAUGAUUACAUGUGGGGAGGUAUGGUUGAGUGAGACAAUGUGUGUCUGUGUGACUUUGUGUGGGUAGGAACCCCUGAGGAAAACUUGCCUGGUACAUAUAUGUGAGCAGAUGCCUGUAUGUGGAGAAAUAACCACACACACACACACACACACACACACACACACACACACGCACACACGAGGAGAGGAGACAAAACCUAGUAUGUGCCUGCAGCAGGAAGUAGAGUGCUUGGGAGGUGGAACCUGAAAAUUCUACAUAUGUAUGUGUCAAGAAGGUCAACUCCCAUUUCAUAAGAUUGUCCUCCCCUUGGCCCAGCUUCUGAGCACCAGGUGAGGAGGGAAAGAUACUUGAGAACCUUAUCUCCUCCCAAAGUCUGGAAAUUCAGUCCCCUCCUCAAAACUCAAACAUGGUAUUUCUGAAAUUGGACCACCAUGGAAAAUUGGAACUAGGAAUUGGGAGUCAACCAUGGGGGCCAUGUGGUUAAGAAGUGGCCUCCUGUAACAUAAUAGCUUUUGAAGGAACUGCUCAGUCUGAGCUGGGAGUCCUUCUUAAUGUAUACAUCUGGGACUUUGUUCAGCUUCGAUUAAAUUUAGGAGAUAUUUCAUGGAGAAAAGGCCCAAAUCUGGGGCACUCUCUGGGCACUCAAUUAAUUGACUUUAUUUACUUACUCCUUCAGGUGCACAGAAUUGAGCUGACCACAUUCCUCAGUUCUUGGCACGCUAUAUCAUCAUUGGUCCAUGCAAGGUUCUUUUAUUAUUUUGAUUUGUCCCCUUCAUCACCCAUCCCUGAUCCCAUCCUUCCCCACCCCACAUAGGCACCCACUCUUGUGUAUUUAAUGUAUGUCCUUUCAAACCACCGUUCAUGUGUUUAUUUACUUAAGUGUAUCUGUGGGAAAUAUGGUAUUGGUGUAUUUUAAUUUACAUAAACAGUAUUGUACUAUAAAUCUUGUUCUGUUUCUUUUUUCACUCAACAUUCUGUUUUUGAGAGAUCCAGCCAUGUUGCUAUACAUAGAUCAAAUUCAUUCUAGUGG